CCGGGAAGACAGAGAGACGAUGUACUCCGAGACCUAACCCUAGAGGCUUUGAAAAUUCUCCAACACAACCAUUUGCAAUACAAAGACAUUCGUAUCUCCUGCUUCAGUAAUUAAAGAAGAUAAGACCACGGAAAAUCCAGCCUGCCCAGCUCUAAUCCCAAACCAAAGAAAACCACAUGGCUACUGAAACCUCAUCCCCCAUACUCAUCGUCGGUGCUGGGAUCAGCGGCCUAUCGUUGGCCCAGUACCUACGAAAGUCUGGUAUCCCUUUUCGGAUCUUCGAUCGAGAUGCCUCUAUUGUGUCUCGCACAGGUGGCUGGGGUCUCACAUUUCACUGGGGUCUACCAGCGCUCAAGGAACUAUUGCCUGACGAACUGUAUGAGCGGCUCAGAGAGUGCAAUGUGAAUCCCAACGCGCAGGAUGCAGGAAAAUAUCGGUUCCUGGAUCUCAAAACUGGCGAAUCCCUGCAUGCUGCUACAUUUCCGAAAACCGGUCGCUUACGUGUUAUUCGGUCCAAGCUCCGGACUCUGUUGGCUACUGGUAUUGAUAUUGAGUGGUCAAAAAAAUGCGUGGAUAUUUCCGAUAACCAAGACGGUGUUAGUAUCUCUUUUGAAGACGGCACGACUGCAAAUGGCUGGCUGUUAGUGGCGAGCGAUGGCGCCAACUCUCGUAUUCGCCAAUGUCUACAUCCGUCGGCUUUUGAAAACAAUCCUGUGCCAGUACGUCUUCUUGGUGUAACGGUUUCCUAUACACCUGAGGAAGUGGCCUCCGCUCUGGCCAUCGACCCAUAUUUCUUUCAGGGCACGCAUUCAGAUUCCAAUAUCUACCUCUUCUUUAGCUUUUUGAACUCUCCAUACAACACAGGGAAUGAUACCGGCAAUUAUAUUUGCCAGGUCAUUAUUUCAUGGGCCGAGAGUAAAAGCAUCACUACCCCGGAAAGCAAUCAGGAGCGUAUUGCCUUAAUAAAGAGGAUUACAUCCGACUGGGAGCCGCAUCUACGAAGCCUUAUAGAAAUCAUCCCAGACGAUGCAGAAGCAACAACAAUCCAUCUUGCCGAUUGGUUUCCAACCACGAACCGCGAGCAUGAACGUGUCAUCCUCAUGGGCGAUGCGGCUCAUACUAUGACCAUGUUUCGUGGCGAAGGUGGAAAUAACGCCACUACUGAUGCAUAUGAUUUCGUCAAGAGGAUCGGUCCCUUGAUAGAAGAGAAAAAUCAGCAUCGGGAAGUACCAUGGGAAAAGUUCAAGCAGGCUCUAGAUGAAUACGAUCGAGAUGUGUUGACGCGAGGCCGACUCUGUGUGAUAAAUGCUCGACAAGCCUGCCUCGAUGCCCAUGACUUCUCGUUAGUGACCGAGGACAGUCCGUUGGUUUCACGCAGAGGUAAAUAGAGAUUUGAUGUUAGAGUGACCCCGAGACCCAUUAGGUCCAUAGAAAACAGCGAUAAUUUGGCUCUGCAGUACUGAAUCGCUGUUGAAUCCUAGAUCUCAUUAUAAAUUAGAAUACUACUGAAUCGUGGUCAUGCAAUACAACUCUGGUGCAUCCU